AUGUCUAUUGGUGCGUUUUCUGAAUGGCGAAAGCUGCCGAUAAGUUUGACUGAGCUCUGUAUCAAUACUACUCUCCGCUGCGGACAGUCAUUUCGAUGGCAGCAGUCCGGAGACAACGAAUGGAGCUGCGCCCUUUAUGGUCGCAUUGUGUCCUUGCGACAGGAUCCCACCCAUCUCCAUUAUCGGUCAUAUUUUCCCCCAAUUCCACCUGCAUUGCCGACUCCUCCAUCCUCCGUACCAGCAUCAAGAAGAGAAGAGUCGUGUGAGAAGAUUGAUGAUACGGAAGCAUUGAUCAACAACUACUUCAACUUGGACCUGAAUCUUACGGACCUCUAUGAACAAUGGUCAACUGCUGAUAAAAAUUUCAAGAAGAAAGCUCCCAAGUUCGCUGGUAUCCGGAUAUUACGGCAGGAUUCUUGGGAGGCACUUAUUUCGUUUAUUUGCAGUAGCAAUAAUAAUAUAGCGCGAAUCUCACAAAUGGUGGAAAAACUGUGUUUGAACUAUGGUCCACUGAUCGGAUACAUAGACAAGAAACCAUAUCAUGAUUUCCCGACUCCUCAGGCACUUGUAGGUCGUGAUGUUGAAGCACGCCUCCGUGAGCUUGGGUUCGGAUAUCGGGCAAAAUAUAUUUACCAAACUGCCCUUAUUGUUGUUAACGAUCGUGAGGAAGGUUGGUUGAAUUCUCUCCGUAACCCCGAGUGCCCAUCGUUCGGCCAAAGCCCGGCGCAUGCAGGGGAAAUGGCAGAGGGAGGUUGGGGAGAGGCCGUUCCGGUCGAUACUCAUGUAUGGCAAAUUGCGCAGCGCGAUUACAAGUUCGGCAAAGGAAAGCAUAAAAGCUUAACGAAAGCAACUUAUGAUGCGGUGGGCAACCACUUCCGAAGUCUCUGGGGAAAGGAGGCUGGCUGGGCCCACAGCGUGUUGUUCGCGGCAGACCUAAAAACAUUUUCGGAACGUUUAACUUCCAAAGUUGAAGUGGAUGUGAAGAAUAUCGAGAAGCAGGAGCACCGAAUAAAGAUCGAGACCACCAAGCAGGUUUCAAUCAAGAGAGAAAUAUCCGAUGAUUUUGAGGAGACGAAGGCACAUAUUGAAAAGGUGGAAACUGAAUCAAAGCCCGUCACAAAAAGACGACGAACAGCCAGGGGAGAUGAAGCAUCUUACCGACGGCAACGAAAAUAA